GGAGAAAUGUGAAAAAUCCGUGUCUCGGUGUUUCAUGGCGCGCGGAGGCCUGAGCGGUGUGGAGUGAAGAGCUGACGGAUCAGCAGCAUGCUCUAGCUUAUAUUGGAGAAGACUGGAGACUACACCACAGUCGUGUUUUGCCUGCUGGAGUAUGUGGUGCUACACUUCACCCGUUUGAUGGACACGCCUCACAAAGCGCAGCACCUUUUGCAGCCCAACGUGUUUGAUGUGGACUUUGCUGGGCAUCAACGAGGUGGUAGACAACACAAAGAGCAGGCUAGAACAUCACACUAGCUCUCAGGCCCAGGCUAAGCACUUCUACAAAAAGGAAAAUGAAGGUGGGGGGAGUGGGAGGGGCUUAUGCAAAUCAGAGGGAGGCACCAGCCCUGAAGAGGCGGUGCCUCAAGAAAGCCCUGCCUCUUUUAACAGAGAGCAAAUCAUUGUUGAAGUGAACCUUAACAACCAGACCCUGAAUGUUUCCAAGGGGUCAGAGGGCAAGAACAGAGAGCGACGUCAGACUCAUCACUGCACGACUAGCGAUGAAGAUAAAGACUAUGAGCAGAGGCAGGAAGAGAUGGAAAUUAGCACAGAGGAGGAAAAGUAUGAUGAAGAUGAAGAAGAGGAUGACGAUGAUGAUGAUGAUGAUGAUGAUGAUGAUUAUGAAGAGGAGAACAAUCGUAGCAUUCCAGAGGUUCCACAGGCUAUCAUGGAGAGACCACGGCGUGGUACGAGAUCAAGUGCCAUUUCUUUGUGCCAGGGCCUGGCCGGUGGUAUGCUGGCACAGGGGAAGAAGGAGCAGGAGAGUUUGGGCCAGAAGGUAAAGCUGGAGGAGAAGCAGCACUUUGCAUGCAAGAAAUGUCCGCGUGUAUUUAACAACCGAUGGUACCUGGAGAAACACACCAACGUCACACACAAUCGCAUGCAGAUCUGCAACAAAUGCGGCAAACGCUUCCUUCUGGAGAGUGAGCUGCUGCUGCACCAUCAGACCAGCUGUGAGAAGAGCAUACAGUGUGUAACUUGUGGGAAGGCUUUUAAGAAGUUAUGGUCCCUCCACGAGCACAACAAGGUCGUUCAUGGUUACGCCGAGAAGAAGUACUCCUGCGAGGUGUGUGAGAAGAAGUUCUACACGAUGGCACAUGUCAGGAAGCACAUGGUGGCCCACACAAAGGACAUGCCGUUUACGUGUGAGACGUGCGGGAAGUCGUUUAAGCGCAGCAUGUCUCUGAAGGUGCACUCUCUGCAGCACUCUGGGGAAAAACCCUUCAGGUGUGAGAACUGCAGUGAACGGUUCCAGUAUAAGUACCAACUUCGCUCUCACAUGAGCAUCCACAUCGGCCACAAGCAGUUCAUGUGCCAGUGGUGCGGCAAAGACUUCAACAUGAAGCAAUACUUCGACGAGCACAUGAAGACCCACACUGGCGAGAAGCCGUAUAUCUGCGAGAUCUGUGGGAAGAGCUUCACCAGCCGGCCCAACAUGAAGCGGCACCGACGCACACACACGGGCGAGAAGCCAUACCCGUGCGACGUGUGCGGCCAGCGCUUCCGCUUCUCCAACAUGCUCAAGGCGCACAAGGAGAAGUGCUUCAGGCUCAGCAGCUCUUUAGGAGAUGACAGCAGCAUGACCUCGGGGGGUGAAGGGUCGCACCCUUCCUCUCUUCCUCUUCUCCACUCCAUCAGUGGCCUUCCUCCUUCUCCUCCUCCUCCUCCUCCUCCUCCUCCUCCUCCAUUCUCCAACUCAAGUAACGACUAACAGCUUUCAGUGGAAACCUGGAACUUUUUUUUGUGUGUGUGCGUGUGGUGAACCAAAAGCAGUAGGUUAUUUGACUCUAUGGGUGAUGUCAUGUGCAGAAGAGUCUGAAUGAUGUAGCAGGCUUUUUAAACAGUAUGUGAACUCAUUUUCAAGAGAUAUUUUAUAUAUAAUCAAGAUUGGCUCCUUAUACUUCUCAAAAAUUUGUUCUCAAAUGAUGCAUCGUUAAGUUCUCAUGCGCAGCUGAUUGCGCAAAUAACAUUGUUUUGAUUUAGAAUGUCUUUACAGACUGUACGUCCUGUCCGUUUUGUCAGUGUGUGUGUGCGCGCACCUGUGUGUACAUGCUGGAAACAGGCUCUGUUCUCUGCUGUCAGAGGAAUCACCAGUGUUGUGUGUUGUGUAUCCAGCCAGCAGAGGGAGCCAUGUGACCGAGCAGCAAUGCAAAAGAGAUUUUUUUUUUCACCAGAAGGUGCGAUGCCGAUAACCAAAUCCCUGCAUCCCUGCAGUAACCAAACCCUGUGUGCUUAUUAAUGAGGUAUGAUGUGUUUAUAAUCACUCUUGCACCUUAUUUCUAACUUUAACCGUACACUGAUGUUGUAUUGGUUAAUGUUGUCUUAUGUGAUGGCCUGUCUCCGGCACAUGAGAAAUGGGGUGAGAAAAUAGGCAGGGUUAUACAGAAGGUUAUACACAAAAAAAACCUGCAGAUAUCAGAUAUUUUAACAGUUUUCAUUUUGUUUUUUUGUUUUUCGUUGUUUUUGUUUUUUAAAUGUAGACUUGCACUUUAUUAAAAUCAGUCUGCAUAUCGGCCAUAAACAGGACUGUAAUAUCAGUAUCAGAAGCCUCUGAUUCUGUAGAUAUAUAGCAUUAUAGCAAUAUAUACAACUAAAGAUGUUUGCAAUUUUGUACAUUUGUGUGUACCUGUAAUCAUUUAUGGUACAUUUCAUAUUUUUAAAAUGCAGCUUUUUAUGAAUUAACUCAUUCUAAUGGUACACAUGGUUUUCACUUCAUUUUCAAAAUCAUUAUUGAUGUCAUAUUUCGAAUUAGAAAUUGAAUUGGGAUUUUGCUUGAAAGUGAUUUUUGAUUUAUUGCAAAUUUGCCCAUGUACACUCUCAAAGUAUCAUAUAAGCAGCAGUUACUUAAAUCUAAACUAUUCAUCUUUACUGAGAUAACAAGUUUUGGUCAUCGAGAUAUCUUCUUUAAUUUAUGUCCAUUAUAGUAUAAUAGAACUAAUUUAAAAGCUUAAUAGAAAUAUAUCCAGAAUGUUACAUGUUUGUGGCUAUAUCUAGGACUUGUAUCUAUACGACACAAAUAUCUCAAAACGUCUCAGAGUCUGAAAUAAUAUUUGUGUCACUAGAAUUUGGACUUGAAUUUUGUAAAUCGGAUUUUAUAUUUUGAAGUCAAAAUGAAUUCCUAAUUAAUUAAAUUCAAUUUUAAAAUGACAAAAUUGACAGCACAUUUCAAAUUCUGUGAAUCAAUUUAAGGUUAGUUUCCUGGCUACUAAUUGGCUGAAAUUCUCCUGAUUUACUGUUGUAUAAAUGUUCAUUUUUGAAUUCAAUCGAAUUUCAAGAUGAAUUUACUUUUCCUUGCGUUCUUAAUGAAAUGAUGGACAUACAGAUUUUGGUCGAUUUAACAUCAAAUUUAAAAAAUUGAACUAAAUAACUAAAGCUAAAUUUUAUAUAAAUACUAGUGACAGAAAUAUAGCAAAGCCAAUCAGAUAACGGUUACAAUAUUUGAACUAUAUGAAUACACUUAAUAGUUUACUAAGUCACAAUCCACCGGCAUCCGACUUUUUAUAAAUAGAAGCAGUUAGAAAAUGAAGUAAAAUAAAUAGAAAUCUAUAACAUCUAAAACUUUUAUAUGCAUUAAUUAGUGGUCCUUUAAAAUUGUGUAAGAUUGGAUUAAAGAAAUGAGAUUAUACAGCUUUUAGAGAUUAUGAGUCUCAAUUGCUGAGUAUUAGAAAGGUUAAUUGCAUAUAAAAUAUUGAACUCAGUAUAAUAUAGUUUCAAUAACAGCUAUUACAUAUACUAUAUAACUCCUGUUAACAUACACAUUGUGUAUAAGCUGUAAAUAAGUAGUCUACUUUGUCAUUUACUGUGUAAGCAGUUUUUUUUUGUUGUUUACAUUGUGCUGGGAGUCAGUUGAAUGUGAUAUGUGAUGAAGGAGCCAGUAUUUUGGAAAGACCUUGACCUUGUAAGUUAGAAGUUGGAAGUAGAUACACGUUUUUGUAUACACGAAAAGUUCCAAAAAAUGAUUUUCUUUUUAAAAAAAAAAAAAAUUAAAAAGGAAGAAAUUAUUAAGCACCUUAUAUUUUAUAGUUGCUCAUAUUGAUAUGCAAAUGGUAAGAUGGAUAAAUAGUGUUUUUUUCCUUUUGUUGUAUUACUUUGUUAAAUCAAAGUUUUUCUUCACAGCACUGUAGAAUCACCCAACUCCUAUAGAACAUUUUAUUUGCUAUUAACAAAUUCUUUAGUAUUAACAUUGAACACAGUAACAUCUGAUUUCAAAUCAUCCAAGCCCUAUAAAUGAAAAGAACCCAGUUUUUAAUGACUGUUUGAAUCUUGAUUGUUCCUUGUCAUAUUCAUAAAUGUACAUUUUAUACAUUUGUCCAAAAUGCUAAAUUUUAUGCUUUUAUCCAAAAUAGGACCAAAUGCAAUAUGAAAAUUAGGUCCCAGUCUGUAAAACUUGGAUAUAGGAGAUGAGGGUGCAGAAUUGUGCAAAAUUGUACAGUUACUCUAUCAAAAACGUCUUCAGAGUUAGGAGUAGUUAACAAUGAAUGUGUUUGUGUUAAUGAGAAUCAGGAGGCAGGAGUGAUGCUACUGAUCAGUGCACUUUCGUUAGGGCACAUUGUAGGAUAAUA